CGCCCACGCAGCCGCUACCACUACCACCAGACUCCAAACUCUUCCGGUCGGAAAGGCUGGGGACUACUUAUUAUCCACAGACACCCCCACUAUCUGCUGUCAACAAUCUUCAUCUCUCAUCCAUCUCCCUCUGUAAAUUGCUCUUGUUGCGCCGUCGUGCUCUCAUCGUCUGCGCAUUACCCCGCCAUCCCACCUCUGACUUUACACAGCCUCCAUUGCUCGACAGUUAGUUGUUCGUCACCAUGACUGAAGCAGUUGGCGACUUCGGCCUCAUCGGCCUUGCUGUCAUGGGUCAGAACCUGAUCCUGAAUGCUGCCGAUCAUGGAUUCACCGUUGUUGCAUUCAACCGAACUGUUUCCAAAGUUGACCGAUUCCUUAAUGAUGAGGCGAAGGGCAAGUCAAUUGUUGGCGCACACUCCAUCAAGGAGUUCGUCCAGAAGCUCAAGAAGCCGCGACGAAUGAUGAUGCUCGUCAUGGCUGGCAAGCCCGUCGACGAUUUCAUCGAGCUCCUGCUUACCGAGGGUGGUGUCGAGGAGGGUGAUAUCAUCAUCGAUGGUGGCAACUCCCACUACCCUGAUACAAACCGCCGAACGAAAUACUUGGCUACGAAAGGCAUCCGCUUCGUCGGAUCCGGUGUGUCUGGAGGAGAGGAGGGUGCCCGUUAUGGUCCAAGUAUCAUGCCAGGUGGAAAUGAAGAGGCAUGGCCAUAUAUCAAAGACGUUCUCCAAUCUAUCUCCGCGAAAUCUGACGGCGAGCCCUGUUGUCAAUGGGUCGGUGACGAGGGUGCUGGCCACUACGUCAAGAUGGUCCACAACGGUAUUGAAUAUGGUGACAUGCAGCUGAUUUGCGAGGCCUACGACAUUAUGAAACGUGGUCUCGGAAUGAAGGAUAAGGAAAUUGGCGAUGUUUUCACCAAGUGGAACAACGGCGUUCUCGACUCCUUCCUCAUCGAAAUCACCCGCGACAUCAUGUACAAGGACGAUGAGAAAGACGGCCAGCCCAUUGUCGAGAAGAUCCUUGACUCGGCUGGCCAGAAGGGUACCGGAAAGUGGACCGCCAUCAACGCGCUCGACCUUGGCAUGCCUGUCACUUUGAUUGGAGAGGCUGUGUUCGCUCGAUGCUUGAGUUCGCUCAAGGCUGAGCGUGGCCGCGCCGCCAAAGUCCUCGACGGACCUACCCCAAGCUUUUCUGGCGACAAGGAAGCUUUCAUCGAAAACCUCGAGCAGGCCCUCUACGCGUCAAAGAUCAUCUCUUAUGCGCAAGGUUUCAUGCUGAUCCAGAAUGCCGCCAAGGAGUACAAGUGGAAGCUGAACAAGCCAGAAAUUGCCCUGAUGUGGCGUGGUGGUUGCAUUAUUCGAUCUGUCUUCCUGAAGGAUAUCACCAAAGCCUACCGAGCAAAUCCAGACCUUGAGAACUUGCUGUUCGAUGACUUCUUCAACAAGGCUAUCCACAAGGCUCAAUCUGGGUGGAGAGAUGUUGUCUCCAAGGGAGCUCUGUGGGGUAUCCCCACUCCUGCAUUCAGCACCGCCCUUAGUUUCUACGACGGCUACCGCUCCAAGGACUUGCCCGCGAACCUUCUGCAGGCACAACGUGACUAUUUCGGCGCGCACACCUUCAGGGUCAAGCCUGAAUGCGCCAGCACGGACUACCCCGAGGGCAAGGACAUCCACGUCAACUGGACCGGAAGGGGAGGAAAUGUGUCUGCCUCGACAUACACUGCAUAGGGAACAGGAGAUGUUAGUAGGCUGGUUAGACGACAGCAGAGAGUUGCAUCAGAUGUGCCUGUGAAAAAAUAAUGCAUAUAUAAGAUGAAUCAGAGUGCAUCAACAGAGAGGCAGUAUCAAUUGCAUGUCUUCAAUAGAGAGGGACGUGACAUUACAUGCCAGCGUGACGAUCGCGGAGGGCAUGAUGUUGCAGAUUGGCAGGGCGCGCUAGUCCUAACGUAAGAGGCACUAAACCGGUUGCAGAUUCGUGUGAGGAGGGCAG